UGUCAACCGUGAUGGUGAACACCUUCUGUAUUGCCCACUCAGCCAAACAUUCCAGAAGAACAUUAGCAAUCAUCUGGCCUCUGUGAUCACAUACAUGCUUGAACCCGAUGAUAAGCUUCCUUAGCUGCCAAGUAUCAUCAAUAAAGUGAGCCGUAACCACCAUGUAGCUUGCUCCUGUAGCAUGUGCUGUCCAUAUGUAUGUGGUAAGUGAAACCCUCUGCUUACUGAGCUUAAACCAAUUCUUCAGAGCCUCCUUCUUUCUCACAUACAUCUACACAAUGUCCCUAGUUGCAGUCCUUCUUGAAUGAGGUUUGUAGAGACCAGCACGAUCGCAGAAGUGCCUCCAAGAAACACUCUCAGUGAAAGAGAGUGGCAAUUCACCCAACACCACUAGCUCAUUAGUCGCCUCUCUGAACACAGCCUCAGAAACUCUAGCAUUCGUCAGACCUCCGUCAUUAGUAAUCACGGUUGAACCAGGACCUUGGCUCUGUUUCCACGCCAAGUGAGACGUGCAUGAAAGUAGAUGCUUCCUAAGGUUAGAAGUUCCUUGCGAAGACGCACAGCCGAAGAUACGCUGACAAUGGUUGCAUCUGCACUUGUCACGGUCGUCCUCUGUUCUUGUGUAGUGUUCCCAGACAUCAGAUCUUGUGCUUGACUGCUUUUUUGUAGUUGGCUGAGAACUACCUCCUGCACGAACCUUCCUUUUGCCUUUCUUAUCAUGCCGUGUUAUCUCCUCUUGGGUUGCUUGAAAUCCAUUCUCUGUCUCCGAGUCAUUGUUAUCUGGCAAUGGUGAAGAAUCCAUCUACAAAUAAAAGAACACCAAUAAGAUGUUGAGCAAAAUAAAGAACAUCAAUAAGAGAAGAUAAAUUGAUUUCAAUCCCAUCUUUACACAACAAAUCGAUUUCAAGUGAUAAAGACUAAAGAAACACAAUCUGACAAUCAGUGAUCAAAGAACGAGAUGCAAAAACUAAAUUGAUCACAAGAACUAAACAAAAACAGAAUCUGACAAUCCUACAAUCAAUGAUCAAAAAACGAGAUGCAAAAACUAAAUUGAUCAUAAGAACUAAACAGAAACACAAUCAGACAAUCCCACGUUCAAUGAUCAAAACCGACAUGCAAAAAAGAAUUCUUACUUGAGAUAUGUUUCUCGAUGACUCAGAAGCAAGAGGGAGAGACUGAAUUUGAGAUUUGUUUCCGAUAAUCAUCUCCCCAACAAGUCUGCUCUUUUAAUAAGCAGCUUAAGACCAUCUGAAAUCGCAAAGGUCGUCUAUGUCGUGAAGAAGAAACGGCGAUUACGAGUAUCGAGAGAAGAUUGGAUUUUGGAAAUAGAACUUGUCUAAGGCGUGGACGCGUGGGCGCAUUAACUAGUGUAGGGUAACUAGAUUACUACUUACUAACCGUUAGGCUAACUCGGGUUAAGUGGAUAUCCGUACGGAUCCCGGGUAUAACCCGAAACCGACCCGGUACCCGACCAAAUUAUAAACCUUAUCCGACCGGGUAAUUUUUGAUAACCGAAUCCGAUCCGAAACCCAAUUUUCCGGGUAAUUACCGGUUCGGAUCUUCGGAUCCGGGAAAUAUGCCCAGGCCUACAUUGGCCGGUGGUCAAUACUGCAAAUGGGAUGAUCUUGUUAAAUAGUACUUUGUCAAACUAGUAUAGAGCAACACAAAUGCACUAUGUGGUCUUUCAGUUUUGAUUAAAAUGCCUAUAAUUGCCAAAUACUCUACCAGUUAUUUUACAAAAUGUGGAUUACGUGGGCCUAUAAUUGCCCAACUUAAUCAUGUAAAUGGCUUAGAUUAACGGCCUAUAUAACUUUUCACGGUUAAAAGGCUAAAAUCAUCAGUUUACUUUUUGAUAGAUUGCGUUAGUUUUUAACUUCUUAUAUAACUGAAAGAAGAAGAGAAAUGUUCAUGAGGUGAAUUUUGUAGGCACACAGUUCAAUUUUAACCAAUUUCCAAAACAAGAAGAUAAAUAGCAUGGUCCAAUUAAAACCCUGAUACAUACUAUUUUUUCCCAAAAUUUAAUACUAUAUGAAAUCAAUCAGGGACGUGGACAAUAUUCAAUACCUCAUCGUGGCAUUAUUACUGAGAGUCGGAUAAAAUAGACCAGCCUGCCAGCUUUCUGAUGUUCUUAUUUGCUCGUUUAUAAAAAAUAAAACAUAAACUAAUAACAAUAUGAACAUUUUCAAAUGUAGCUUAAUUAUUUAGAUAUGGUUUUCGUGAACUCUGAUCUGAUGUAAAGAGACGUUACUUCUUGUCGUACCAUACGAACCAAAGUCUCGAUAAUUGCCACACACAUUAUUUGGAUCCCGACCGUCAAAACUCAAAAGCAUUGGUUAGUUGAUGAUGUCUUUCUCCAAACCCAUUCAUAUCUAGUAUGAAAAGUAGUUCCUUAUGUAUCUGUACGUUUUCAAAACAUAAAUCAUGAUUAUGCGCGUAAUCAAAUAAUCAAUGUACGCAAAACAAAGAGUAAAUUGCUAAACCAAAUGAAACAAAGCACUCUUAUGGCAUCCACGGACCGUUACAUUUUGGUGUAGAAGUAAUUGCAUAAAGACGUUUGGCUCUAAAUACUGUGGACAUAAAGACGUUUUGAUAACUAAUAUGGACAAGAGUAUAUUGUACUGUUGUCCAUAUAUGAACAUAAAAGACUCACGAGUAUCUAGAUUCUUUUGUAUACACUUAGUUCGAGGUAAAGAGAAAAUUGUUGACUCCACUCCCCAAUGGAAUCCAUUGAAUAUGGGGUAGUAACGUAACCUUCUUUAGUUGACCAAAAAAAAAAACCGUAACCUUCUUUAGGGGAAUUUAACUGGGCUGGAGUGGACUGUGGAGUGUGGACACGACCAUACCGUAUUCAAGCGAACCGGAGCUAAGACAAUAAUUAGUCGGUUUAAUAAAAAUAAUAGGCGAUUUAUCUGUCACAUCCUAUUAUUUGGAAGUUAUCUACAAGUGAGGAAACAAAUUAAAGCUGUGUUAGGCAGGUUUGAUUAAUUAAGAAUAAUCAAGGUCACAUGUCGCAAAUUAAUAUAUCUACUUGUUGCUGCUCAUCUAACUGUCAUAAUUGAAUCCACGGAUAAUUAUAAUUUAAUUAUGCUUGGAACAAAAUGGUUAGUAACUUUUAAUAUAUGUAGUCGGAUAGACUGUAUAUUUUCUUACUUAAAGAAUAGGGGUUUACAGAUGAUAAUUAAUUCCGGUUAGAAGAAGGAUUCAUUGGUUAGUUGUAAUUGAGAAUGGUUUGGAGUUAGCUUUAUAGAUUUGUCUUUUACGGCAGGAGUUGAGAUCUGGUUCGGGUUUGGGAAUAUAAAACCGAUACAAAGAGAUCUGAGAAACGGCACGUUAUGACACAGUGUCAGAAGCUUGCGGUUACUAGCAAUCGAAAACCUCUUUGUGUGUUCUCACUAGCAUCUCCUGUCUCUCUCUACUUACUAUAUAUAAUAAACUCUUGGUCCAAAUUCAGAGCGAUACCGAAAGAUAUGUCUUAUUCUUCAUUUCUCUCCUCCGCUGCUUUCUUCACUAUCCUCCUCCUCCUCCAUCAUGGCUUCUACCACGUGUCGGAUGGAGCUCAACAUGCAACUUACAUCGUUCACAUGGCGCAGUCUCAGAUGCCGUUGGGCUUCGAUCUCCACUCUCUAUGGUACGACUCCUCCCUCAGAUCCGUCUCACAAUCUGCUCAGCUCCUCUACACUUACGCCAAUGCCAUUCACGGAUUCUCCACUCGGCUAACUCCCGAAGAAGCCGACUCGCUCAUGACUCUGCCAGGUGUCAUCUUGGUACUACCGGAGCACCGGUACGAGCUACACACCACUCGCACUCCACUCUUCCUCGGCCUCGAUGUCCAUAACGCGGACCUCUUCCCCGAAACCGGCUCCUCCAGCGACGUCGUCGUCGGGGUCCUCGACACCGGAGUUUGGCCUGAGAGCAAAAGCUUCUCCGACGUUGGAUUAGGUCCGGUCACCUCCACGUGGAGAGGCGGUUGCGAGGCUGUUACUAACUUCACGGAUUCGCUGUGUAACCGCAAACUAAUCGGAGCUAGAUUCUUCGCCCGCGGCUACGAAGCCACGAUGGGACCAGUGGACGAGUCAAAAGAAUCAAGAUCUCCUAGAGACGACGACGGCCACGGGACCCACACGUCGUCAACCGCAGCUGGAUCCGUCGUGGAAGGAGCUAGCCUUUUGGGAUUCGCUAGCGGGGCAGCCCGCGGGAUGGCGCGACGCGCUCGCGUGGCCAUUUAAAAAGUUUGUUGGGAAGGCGGUUUUUUCAGCUUCGAUAUUUUAGCUGCGAUCGAUAAAGCUGUCGACGAUAUCGUUGACGUUUUGUCCAUGUCGCUCGGCGGUGGCACGUCGGAUUAUUAUAGAGACAGCGUCGCGAUCGGAGCAUUUGCGGCCAUGGAGAGAGGGAUAUUAGUCUCCUGCUCCGCCGGUAAUUCUGGUCCCAGCUCGUCAACUUUAUCAAAUGUAGCUCCGUGGAUCACCACCGUUGGUGUGGGUACGAUAGAUCGCGAUUUUCCAGCGGUUGCGGUUCUCGGAAAAGGGAAGAAUUACUCGGGCAUUUCGUUGUUUAAAGGAGACGCCCUUCCGGAUAAAACACUGCCGUUUGUUUACGCGGGGAAUGCUACUAACGCGGCUAAUGGGAAUCUAUGUGGGCCCGGGACUUUGAUUCCAGAGAAAGUGAAGGCGAAGAUCGUGAUGUGCGAUAGAAGAGUGAACGCUAGGGUUCAGAAAGGAGAGGUGGUGAAGGCUGCCGGCUGACUCGGGAUGAUUCUCGCUAACACGGCGGAGAACAGAGAGGAGCUUGUGGCGGAUGCUCAUUUGUUACCUGCCACCACGGUGGGAGAGAAGGCCGGUGAUAUUAUCCGGCAUUACGUCUUAACCGAUCCGAAUCCAACCGCUUCGGUUUUGAUUCGAAGGACCGUUGUUAACGUCCAGCCGUGUCCGGUUGUUGCGGCGUUUAGCUCGAGAGGACCUAAUUCGAUCACACCCGAUAUUAUUAAACCGGAUUUAAUCGCACCGGGAGUUAAUAUCCUCGCCGGUUGGACCGGAUCCAAGGGACCUACCGGUCUAGCUUCCGAUGCUAGACGCGUGGAGUUCAACAUCAUCUCAGGAACGUCCAUGUCUUGCCCUCACGUGAGCGGUUUAGCUGCGCUUCUCAACUCCGUGCAUCCGGAGUGGAGCCCGGCGGCGAUCAGAUCGGCUCUCAUGACCACCGCUUACAAAACUUACAACGACGGGAAACCGAUCCUCGACGUCACGACGGGGAAACCUUCAACGCCGUUUGAGCAUGGCGUAGGACACGUGUUGCCGACGACGGCGAUCAAUCCAGGACUUAUUUUCGAUCUAACGACGGUGGAUUACUUAGGCUUCCUCUGUGCGUUGAAUUACACACCGUCGCAGAUCACAAGUGUGUCGAGACGCAAUUACACUUGUGAUCCGAGUAAAUCCUACUCCGUCGCUCAUCUAAACUAUCCGUCGUUCGCCGUUAACGUUGACGGAUCCAGCGUGUUCAAGUACACGCGCACUGUCACGAGCGUGGGAGGAGCCGGGUCUUACUCGGUUAAAGUAAUUUUGGAGACUACUGAUGUGAAGAUUUCGGUUGAACCGGCGGUUUUGAAUUUCAAAGAAAUAAACGAGAAGAAAUCGCAUUCAGUGACGUUUACAGUAAACUCGUCCAAGGCGUCUAGGUCUAAUAGCUUCGGGAGCAUCGAAUGGUCAGAUGGGAAACACGUGGUGGCUAGUCCCGUAGCGAUUAGCUGGACAUAGUUGUAAAUUGAGACAAAAUUAAAGGGCUUGAUGGAUAGAAUAAAGUCACGGACCUUGUAGUGCCCUUCUUUGUAAUAGCUCUUUGUUUCAAAGCAAAAAUGGCAUGCAGUGUGUUCUUGGGCUUUAUCUGUUUUCUCUUUGCUAUCUCAAAAAAGUAAAUAUUCUCCGGCCACAA